AUGAAAUCCAAUGCGUUGUUUCUAUUGGGAAUAACGGUUUUGUGCGUAUUUUUGCAUCAGUUGCAUAGCCAAUGGAAAAUAGUUGUUGCCGAAUUUGCUUUGACAAGGACACAACGCUCCUUUCUCUGCAAACUGUAGUUGAAUUCGCUGGUGCGAAGUUGACGUGCAUGCAAAUGUAUCAGAAUAUUACGAAAUUAGAGGAACCUGCAGAAGAAUUGCUACUAAUUUCCCAAAAUAUUUGUAUCUCUUGCUUUGGUGAGCUCAACAGUUGCUACAAAUUCAAGCAGAGAGCUAUCGAAUCCUUCCAAGUGCUGACAAAAAAUGUUUCUGAUAAGCUUGAACAAAAUAAGAUCGACGAAGAUGAAUCUGUCACGGUGGUUGAAUUUGAGGAUCUUGAUGGAAAAGAUAUCCCGAAUGUUAGUCCCAAGCAAAGGCUAGAUCAACCCACAGAGUUGGAUGAAGAAGAAUAUUUUGAAAUCGAUUUCCUGGAAGAGAAGUCCCAGCACGAUCGACCUGGUACAGCGAUUAGCACGAUUGAGGGCUUUGAAAUUGAACACGAUACAUGUGAAGAUGCAAACGUUGUCGAUGCAGAGUAUAGGUGUACGACUUGUUCAGAACUUUUAAAUUCACAAGCUGCCUUGGACGUGCAUUCCAUAAUAGAACAUUGCCAGCGGACGAGCAGCGGCGAAUUGCUGUGUCCUGUUUGCAACAAGCUCUUCGGGACUAGGAAAACCUUGCGUCAGCACAGUCGCAUCCAUCAAAAGCGUGAUUCAAGGAAGUUUAAAUGUAGCUUUUGUGAAAAAGCAUUCAACUAUGGACACCACCUUAGAAUACAUGAAACCACUCACACGAAGGAGAAACCGUUUCCAUGUUCAACAUGCGGGAAAACAUUCGCUUCCAAAGAUCGACUUACGAACCAUCAACUGCAGCAUGCGGAUGACUUUAAGCACAAUUGCGAAUUGUGCACUGGUAGUUUCAGAUUUAGGAAGGCAUUGAAGAUGCAUUGUAUUCUCAAGCAUGAUGCUGCUGUCGAUAAGUUUGAUCCAAUCAAGUGUGAUAAAUGUGGCAAGGAAUUGUACUCACAAUCGGCAGCAAGCGCCCAUUUGAAAGGUCCUUGCGGAAAUGAUGUAUGUACAUCUAUGGAUUCGGAAAAGGUAGCUGAACGUGACAGGAAGGACCACACUUGUGAUCAAUGUUCUCGUGCGUUCAGAUCACGUGCCGCCCACAUUAUGCACUUAAAACUGCAUAAUACAAAAGAGUGUAAAUGUCAAGACUGUCCGCAGAUUUUUCCAAACCUUUAUGACCUCCAGUGCCAUCGGUCGCAAGAGCAUCAGAAUCGUACCCAUACGUGCGAGAUUUGUGGAAGGAGCUUUCUGCAAAUGGUGGUUCUAAAACGGCACCUGAAAACGCACUCUGGUGAGCGGUCCUUCAUGUGUGCCUUCUGCCCCAAGAGAUUCACUCAAAUGGCAACGUUGAAAAACCAUGAAAGCACCCAUUCCGAAGUGUGCCGGUUCGCGUGCUCUCAGUGUUCAAAAAAGUAUAAAUUUUUAGGAUCACUCAACAACCACGUCAAAAUGUACCACGGUGACGAGGAGAUGUAGAAAUAAACGUAUUGUGCUGAUCAGUCGUAGUUCUUUUGUCAAGGAUUUCGGACAUUCCCAAAGCGAAGACAAUCAUAUAAAUUAUUUUAUAUUUUGCUGAAAUUUAUAAUCAAUACAAUUCUCAACAUACCGCAACAUUGUCUCGUCAAAUAUGUAUUCUAAAUCUGUUGCAUAUGCCGAGACGGAGUGCGGCAUAAGAUGUAGGUUAUAAUAUUACCAUUGUUGAAAAAUUAUGCCUUUUUAUGUCGAGUUUUAAUACUUAAAAGGAAGAAUAGGAUUACAUUUCAUGGUUUUCACUUUUUUGAUUCUUAGUUUUUGCUGUUUGCAUAUGAUCAGGCCUAUUCUAUGCGGCAAGUGAGAUGUGGUGACUUUCUGUCCCUAGUCUCCGUGUAAAUUAAUCCAAUGUAGAGUCACCUCACCUCACUCACCGCGCAGAAUAGACCUGAAUGUAUAUUAUUCUUGGGAGCUAUGUAUUUUUUGUAGCCCUCAGGCCGUUCACAACGCGGUACUAUUUGGUAUGAACUGUUCUGUUGUUGUGUUUGUUUUUUGUUUUACAUACAAAGUAGUACAACGUUCCAAGCGACUUUGUUAGUUUUUGCAUGCCUUGGUAAAUGGAACAAAGUAUAUUUGUAAUUUUGCAAUUGGUUUCGUUAAUACAUCUUUCAAAUGAGCACCGAAGAUUAAUUCUAGAACAACACACCAAAAGGUGGUCUUGGAUAAUAGCGUCGAAUCCAGGGUCCAGCUUUUGAAACGUAGGUCUAAAAUUGUUUAGCAUAAUAGUAGUAUUUGUGUACCUAGAGCACUGUAAUGCCAUCGGUUUGUUCUGACCUACUCAAUUUAGAGCAAACUAUCGAUUCCUGAUUCUCACGA